AUGACACUACAAAUUUUGCUCUAUCUAUUCGUACUAGUAGUACUAGUGAGUUCGCAGGAUCUCUGUUCAUUACGUUUAUCGAAACUGGUCGGAAUGAAAUAUCAAUGUAACGAUACGACUUGUUCAUCGGUUGGUGCUGUGAAAAACAUUGACUCGGAUAAUGUGGCAAUUUUACGUAAUGUUGACAAUAGUACACUUGCAAAUCAAUCUGUCUACGCUACGGGUUCUGGUUCCUAUUCGGAAAUGGUAGUUUCUAGGCACAAGCGACUUAUUCGACCGGAUCUGAACAGUGACAAUAAAUUGGAUAUUAUCGUUGCAAAUUAUUAUGAUAACAAUAUGAGUAUUCUCCUUAAUAGGGGUACUGAAGGCUUUUUCUUACAAACGACUUAUACCACCGGAACUUAUCCAUUUCUUUUGCGAGUGAAUGAUAUCGAUGGUGACAAUAAACUCGAUAUGAUAACUGUAAAUUGGAGCUCAAAUGAUAUUGUUGUUCUUCGAUAA